GUUUACGGCAUGCCGUAUUCCAGUCAGUCCAGUGAGACCACACGUGAAAGCAGGACGACGUUAGCAGACUGAUUUAAGCUUUUCAGGGAGCGGUUGUGAGGUCUUGUCAGGCCAGCAGCGGCAGGGUGAAGCCGGCAGGAUGCUGUACCUGGUCGGCCUGGGGCUGGGAGACGCGGCGGACAUCACGGUGAAGGGUCUGCAGGCGGUGAAGCGCUGCUCCAGGGUUUACCUGGAGGCCUACACCUCCAUCCUGACUGUGGGGAAGGAGGCUCUGGAGGAGUAUUAUGGGAAGGAGCUGAUCCUGGCCGACAGAGACCUGGUUGAACAGGGGGCUGAUGAGAUCCUGAAGGGUGCUGACGUGACCGAUGUGGCGUUCCUGGUGGUGGGCGACCCGUUCGGAGCCACCACCCACAGUGACCUGGUCCUGAGAGCAGUGAAUGCUGGGAUACCGUACAAAGUCAUUCACAACGCCUCCAUCAUGAACGCAGUGGGCUGCUGUGGUCUGCAGCUGUAUAAUUUCGGGGAGACGGUGUCGUUGGUGUUUUGGACGGAGACGUGGAGACCGGAGAGCUUCUACGACAAAAUCUGUAAAAACAGAACAGCUGGACUGCACACGCUCUGUCUGCUGGACAUCAAAGUCAAAGAGCAGAGCAUCGAGAACAUGAUGAGAGGGAAGAAGAUCUACGAGCCUCCUCGCUUCAUGACGGUCAGUCAGGCUGCAGAUCAGCUGAUUCAGAUCAUCCAGAGGAGGAGAGAGGAGGGGGCGGAGCUAGGUGUGACGGAGGACACUGUCUGUGUGGGCGUGGCCCGGCUUGGCGCAGACGAUCAGGUGAUCUGCACAGCAACGUUACAGCAAUUGGUGUCAUGUGACCUUGGCGGUCCACUUCAUUCGCUGGUCGUCACCGGUCGACUCCACCCGCUGGAGGUGGACAUGCUGCGAAUGAACGCAAAACCAAAUGCACUGCAACACCUGCGCAUGGUCGACAGCUCCACCUACUGCUCGUAACACACACACACGACAGACUGCAGGAUGGUGUUUAUCAACUGAAUAGUAUAAUUAUAAUAAAAACAAACAUGUGAACCAGAUGAGAAACAUUUGUCGUUGUCAAACUGAACAGACUGAUUUGUAGAAACAUUGAAUUGUGGGAAACUGUCCGAUGUGAUGUCAUCAAUAAAGAUGGAGAUCAAUAAUCA